CUCCCGUGGUGCCCCGCGGCCAAGAUGGCGGACCGGCGGCGGCAGCGCGCCUCGCAGGACAGCGAGGACAGCGAGGGCUCGGCGGCCUCGGACAGCGCCGCGUCCGCGCCCGGCUCGCCCCGCUCCGCCCGCUCCCGCUCGGGCUCCGGAUCCCGCUCCCGCUCCCGCUCCGGCUCGCCCCGCCCGUCGCACCGCCCGCCGCGCGGCGCCGCGGGGGCCCUCGGCGCUGGGCCGCGGGGCCGCGGGGCCGAGAGCGCCGCUGGGGCCGGGGGGAAGAGCGCGGCCGAGUCGGAGUGUGAAAGUGAGGAUGGCAUCGAAGGAGAUGCCGUGCUCUCUGACUAUGAAAGCGCCGAGGACUCGGAGGCAGAGGAAGAGGAUUACAGCGAGGAAGAAAGCUCCAAGGUGGAGCUGAAGCAGGACAGCAACGAUUCCUGCGAGUCGGCGGCCAGAGGGGAGAAGGGGAAUGAGAAGGUGGAUCCCAAGGGAGCGGUGACGGGCGAGCGGCAGAGCGGGGACGGGCAGGAGAGCACGGAGCCUGUGGAGAAGAAAGUUGGGAAGAAGGCUCCCAAGCACCUGGAUGACGAUGAGGAUCGGAAGAACCCGGCGUACAUUCCACGCAAGGGGCUCUUCUUUGAGCACGACCUCCGAGGGCAGACGCAGGAGGAGGAGGUCAGGCCAAAGGGUCGUCAGCGGAAGCUGUGGAAGGACGAGGGGCGCUGGGAACACGACAAGUUCCGUGAGGAUGAGCAGGCCCCCAAGACCAGGCAGGAGCUGAUCGCGCUCUACGGAUACGACAUCCGCUCGGCCCACAACCCCGACGACAUCAAACCCCGCAGGAUGCGCAAGCCACGGUUUGGCAGUCCCCCUCAGCGAGACCCCAACUGGUCCAACGAGAGGCCCCCCAAGCCCCCGAGGCACCAGGGCGCCAAGAGCCCCUCGGCUCCCCCACGGUCCUUCAACAGCCGCAGCUCUGCCAGCACUGGCAGGAUGCCCCCUGCCAGGAACUACCCCAGGGUGGGGGGCUACAAGGAGACCCGUCCAGGCUACCGGGCUUCGGAGGCGACUGUCCUGCACCGGAAUGGGGAACAAGCCAAGCAGGAGGGCGGCUACCGCGGGAAGCACGCAGAGCAGAGUCCAUCAAGGGACACGUCCCCUGAGCUGGAGGUGGGACAUGUCCACGGCAGCCCUGGGAAGGAGGAGGGGGCUCUGGAAAACCAAGCCACAGGUGCUGAUGCUGUGCAGCCACCACCAGACAGACCAGUUGAGAAGAAAUCUUAUUCCCGGGCAAGAAGGACCAGAGUCAAGGCUGGGGAGGCAGGGAAGCUGGCUGAGGAAGUGCCUGCUUCUGAGGGGCUGGCUCCCGUGAUUCCAAAACCCACGCCAGCCGAGACCUCCCCCCCGCCAGCCAAGAGCAACUGGGAGUCACCCGUGGAAUCCAGCGUGGAUGGACUUGAGCAGGAGAUGACCCAGAUGAACCUGACAGAGCAGAACUGGAGCCCGGGGCAGUCCCAGUUCAUCCCGCCCCGGGAGCUGAGGGGUCUUCCCAACCAUAUGCACGUGGGAACUGGGCCACCACCGCAGUUCAACCGGAUGGAGGAGAUGGCGGUGCCGGGGGGCCGGGUGAAGCGCUACUCAUCGCAGCGGCAGAGACCCCCCGUGCCGGAGCCCGCGCCCCCCAUGCACAUCAGCAUCGUGGAAGGGCACUACUACGACCCACUACAAUUCCAGGGACCAAUCUACGCCCACGGUGAGAACCCAGCCCCGCUGCCGCCCCAAGGGAUGAUUGUGCAGCCGGAGAUGCACCUCCCUCAUCCAGGUAAGCCGGACGCGCCGCGGCUCCUUCCCAGGCAGGAGCAGGUGGGAUGUUGUGGAGCGUGGGGUGUGUUCUGCGAGGCGUUCCUGGGAGAGGAUGUGGAGCAGCACAGCUGCUCCAUGGGGAAAGGCUGCUGUCAUCCCAGAAAGGAUUGUUCUCGUGGCUCCUGGGCAGCUCCCUAAGCGUGGCAGGCAGUGGGUGAAAUCCUGUCCGGGGGGGUAUGGAAUUGAGGUGUUCCCUUAUGGAGCAGGGAAACAGCCUCUCCAGGGCUGAGCCAAGGAUACUUUGGGAAUGGCUUUGGAAGUCAGUUCUGUUUGAGAUAGAGGCUGGGAACUGGCUGGUGUGAGCAGCAGGGGGAUGGAUUUUCGUGCUUCAUGGCCCAACUUGGUAUCUAAGGUUGCUGCCAGGCAGCGAGGAGGCAGCUUGGAUUGGGUCCCUGAGGAGGCAGAUCAGUUCAGAUUCCUGAGGAGGCAGAUCAGACCAGAUCCUGUAGGGACAUGGGUCAGAUUCCUGUGAGGAGGCAGAUUGGAUUGGAUCUCUCUGAGGAUGAGACCAGAUCUUAUCCCUGUGAGGGGGCAGAUAGACCUGAUCCCUGAGGAGACAGAUCAGACCUGAUCCUUGAAAAGGCAGAUGAGACCAGAGCAGACCAGAUCCUGGUGCCGUGGCUGGAGCAGGGCUGACACGCUGUGACUGGAGCAGGGCUGACACGCCGUGGAAGGCUGGAGGAGCUGCAUGUUCCCUGAGCUCCCAACCUUCCCUGCCCUUCCCACUGCUCCAGCUGAUCCUGGCAGGACCUCACCCUGCUUUGAGGGCAAUUUCCCCCGAGGCUGCGGGGCUGGGUGUGCAGGGGAGCUGUGUCCAGGCAGAAAAGCUGCUGUUGAGAAGUUCAGGCAUUCCAUGGACUGCAGGGUGAGGGAAUCCCAUCUGCACAGGCUGUGUCCUGUCCUUGCCAGAGUGGGGGCACGUUGGUGAGGGGUGGAGACUCACAAGGGGCCUCGGGAGCUGAUCUCUGGGGGGCACAGCCCCUCUUGGCUCUGGCUGGGGGCAGCUGUCCAGCCCCAGUGGGUGCCAGGAGGGGCUCACAGGGCCCCCCAGCCCGGAGCUCUGAUCCUGCUG